AUGCAACAAUCAACAAUUUACCCAACCUCGAUACAAACGGCCGCCGAUAUGCGCUACCUGCACGAUUUAAAUGUGCAAAUAUCCGAGAAACGGCGCUCGGUCAGCGUCUCCAGGCAGAUGGACCGGGACCUGUGUAAUCAGCAUUUCGACACAUUCGAAACGUUCUGGGGACGUCCCGGGCACGGGGCACCCACUGCUGAUAAGAUAAACAAAUUGAAAUUGGACAAUUUACUUUAUGGCACCCCUGCAUCAUCGUAG